AUACAAUGUGUGACAGUCAGUGCCAUACACAGCACAGGACAGGGAUGAGAGUGUUUCUGGUGGACGGGUGAUGAGAGAAGAAGCAGCAUCUCUGAAAUCAUCAUGGACUCAGAGAUCAGCACUCCUUCAGUUCGACAUGUGAAUGGGGGAUGAGUCUGGACCUUUGCAGCGUCUGCACUGAAGGAUCAAACUUCUUUUGAUGACCUGGAUUUUUUUUAACCUGGAACACUGACUAUUUCACUUUUUGGGAUUAAAAAAACAAGAUAAAAUACUAUAAAGCUGGACUACCUUUGGCUUGGGUCGAUAGAAACAACAUGUUGUAUUGCAAUCGAAGCUUCGUCAGGUCAGACGUCUGAUUCACCUGUUUGGUCUGAAUUGCAACAAACAAAAAGAGGAUUAUGGACUUUACAGAGAGAUACAGGACAUGAAGACAUUUGAGAAACAAAUGGAGGAAGUUAUGAAUGAAUAAUGGCCGACAAGAUUGGUCUCAUGAUAGCCUCUCCGUCAGAUCAAUCAAUCCCAAACCUCACCACAGCCCAAUGGGAGGCCAAUCCCACAGUGCCUGCCGACGUGAGCGUCGUCACAAGCUCCCAGUCCCAGAUAAAGGACCUGUUCGGGUUGUUCUGCAUGGUCACCCUUAACCUCAUCGCCUUGUUGGCCAACACCGGCGUGAUGGUGGCCAUUGCUCGUGCACCUCACCUGAAGAGGUUUGCAUUUGUGUGUCAUCUCUGCGCGGUGGACCUGCUGUGCGCCAUCCUCCUCAUGCCUCUGGGGAUCAUCUCCAGCUCGCCGUUCUUUGGCACCGUGGUCUUCACUGUUCUGGAGUGUCAGGUUUACAUCUUCCUCAAUGUUUUCCUCAUCUGUCUGUCCAUCCUCACCAUCACAGCCAUUAGUGUGGAGCGUUACUUCUACAUCAUACACCCAAUGCGUUAUGAAGUCAAGAUGACAAUCAACCUUGCUGUUGGUGUCAUGCUCCUAAUCUGGGUUAAGUCGGCCCUCUUGGCUCUGGUCACGCUGUUCGGUUGGCCACCUUAUGGACAUCAUAGCUCCAUCGCUGCGGCUCACUGCUCUCUGCAUGCGAGCCACAGUCGUCUGAGGAGAGUAUUUGCUGUGGUCUUCAGUGUGAUUUGUUUCCUGGUCCCUGCGGUGGUUAUCUUCGCAGUUUACUGUGCCGUGUACAAGGUCGCUCGUUCCGCAGCCCUGCAGCAAGUCCCCGCUGUGCCAGCAUGGGCAAACGUGAACCCAGCUAAGGAUCGCUCAGACUCCAUCAACAGCCAGACCACCAUGAUUACCACCAACCGCACUCUGCCCCAGAGACUGUCUCCAGAGAGGGCCUUCAGCGGCGGCAAGGCUGCUAUUACCCUGGUGUUCAUCGUGGGCCAGUUCUUGGUUUGUUGGUUACCGUACUUCAUCUUUCACCUGCAAAUGUCUCUGACUGACUCCAUGCAGAGCCCUGGAGACUUAGAGGAGGCGGUCACCUGGCUCGCUUACUCCUCCUUUGCAGUGAAUCCGUUCUUCUACGGCCUGUUGAACCGACAGAUCAGAGAGGAGCUGGUGAAGUUUCGACGCUGCUGCCUGACCCAGCCUGUGGACUUUGGGGCAUCCAGCCACGAGGGCUCCCUGCAGGAGAACUUCCUCCAGUUCAUCCAGAGAACCAGCAGCACAGCUGAGACCCAGUCCAGCUGUGCCAACUCCAGCCCCAGAAACACUAUUAACCAGGGGAUAAAAAUCCCUGGACAAAUACCUGAGGAACGCGCCUGAACAUUAACCGACCUGAACGAUGGACAACAGUCCUUAUAUAUAUUAUAUUUGUGCAUAUGGUCUCUAUACAAUACUGGCAGGCCCCUAUUUAUAUUGAAAGGAUUAUGAGUUCCUGUAAGUGUUGCUUCUGUCCCCACAGGCUGCAAAGAGGUCUCUUCUUGAAAGCAAUCACAUUGUAAGUGAUGGCCGACAAAAUCAAUAGUCAUUAUUCUGUGCAACAGUUUAAGACUCAUAUUAUUUUCUGCUGAAAUUACGGGUGUUAUUUGGCUGAGAGCAAUGACCUGUAUGGAUUUUUGUCACCAAUCACUUAUUCAUUGAAAUUGCUUAAAGCUGCUAUGGUGGCUAUUAUGGCCAAAAGGAUCCAUCAGACCAAGCCCUGUUCCAAUUCCUCUCCCUUGGCCCUUCGCUGGUAGUAUCCCUCUCCAAACAAGGCCACAAGGGAGAAGUGGCCAAGAUCCAUUAAUUAUUCUCUGAGAAAUCAAUAAAAAUGUGGAAAAACACCAUGUCUUGCAAUGUUUAAGUGAAAAAAACCAACUGGAUCAGACCCCUGAAAUCCUGCCACAAACCACACAAACCAACCAACAAACAAACGCACAGGAGGAAGUAAUACUUUAAUGUACACGUGUAAAUGUCAGUGUUGUUUUAAGACAGACCUGAAAAAAAUACGAUCCCACACUUAAAAUAAAUGUUAAAUGUCCUGUGCCUUUCUCAGUUUAAUUCAUGUAGGCUUUUUCAUUACAGGUCAAGGUGCUACGGCUCUACUGUGGCCCCUGAAAUAUCUAAAUAAAUGUGAUGAAUGUUCCCCUCUAUGUAAUUUAACAAUAUGUCACCAUUGGCCUGGUUUUGUGGUGUUUGUUAAAAUGUUUUAUAUGUUUGUAAAUGUGUAAAUAUGGAGUUUUACUACAAUAACACAAAGUGUAACAAUUGAAGUUGGGAAAUGUACAUUUGGGACAUGCUGUGUUGUGUAGACGAAGGGUGCAGCGUUAUCAGAAAGUGUUUUUGAUUUACUGGUGCACAGUUGGGCAGCACUCUUACUUUUGCCACAUCAGUAUAAUUCUUUGGGUUACGUGUGGCCUUGAUAGGAUAAAAGCCGUCAGGCUGGGUUCAUUAAGGCUGAUGUGUGAGUGAGUAAUAAAUGACAAACUUUGUGGAAACCUCA